GGGCGUCACUAGGAAUGAAUGGUAUUCUUCGCCAAAGCUGUUUCAGGAAGAAACUUUCUUGUGAUUUUCAAACACAAUCACACCCUAAACCUUACACUUCUCAAACACGAAAACAGACACCACAAAACAAGAGGCUAGACAGAGCGCUGAGAGUUCUCAACCUUAUCGCGCCGAAACCCAGUGUCAACCCAACUCGCCAAAGCCAUCUUCGUCUCGUUCAAAACAUUUUACAAACAGAUUCAAACCAAGAUUGUAGCCAUGAUUCUGACGGUUCAAAUUCAAAGGUUGGGAUCACAGACGUGUUCGAUGAAAUGCUUCAAUUAUCUUCUUCGAAGAAUUUGGUUCCUAAGCGUAAUUUGCAAAGGGAACGGGCGGGAGUCGACGCGAAUGUUUUGUCAUAUGCUGUGAGUUCAUGCGGGUCUGCGCGUAAUCUGCGUGCUGGUAUUCAGUACCAUUGCUUAGCAAUAAGAACUGGGUUCGUUGACAAUGUGUAUGUGGGCAGUUCUUUGAUAAGUAUGUAUGGCAAAUGCGCCGAGUUAGAAAAUGCGUAUAGGGUUUUUGAAGCAAUGCCUGUGAGAAAUGUGGUGUCAUGGACGGCUAUUAUUGCUGGGUUUGCACAAGAGUGGCAGGUUGAUGUGUGUUUGGAGCUUUUCCAUCGGAUGAGGAAUUCGACGUUGGAACCCAAUGAAUUUACGUUCACGAGUCUUUUGAGUGCUUGCACAGGUAGUGGAGCUCUUGGGCAUGGGAGAAGUGCUCAUUGCCAAACAAUUCAAAUGGGUUUUGAUUCGUAUGUCCACAUCGCUAAUGCUCUCAUCUCAAUGUAUUGCAAAUGUGGGGCUGUUGAAGAUGCGCUUUACAUUUUUGAAAAGAUGGAUGGUAAAGAUAUUGUAUCGUGGAACUCCAUGAUUGCAGGGUAUGCCCAGCAUGGGCUUGCACUGCAAGCUAUUGAUCUUUUCAAAGAAAUGAAGAAGCAAAGCACUAAACCUGAUGCCAUUACUUUCCUUGGUGUCCUCUCUUCAUGUCGCCAUGCAGGUCUCAUUAAAGAAGGCUGGUUCUACUUCAAUUGGAUGGUUGAACAUGGUGUGCAACCAGAACUAGAUCAUUAUUCAUGUGUUGUUGAUCUUCUUGGCCGGGCUGGGCUACUGGAAGUGGCUCUAGAUUUUAUUAAAAAAAUGCCUAUCUAUCCCAAUGCUGUUAUAUGGGGCUCCCUGCUAUCUUCUUCUAGGCUUCACGGGAGUGUCUGGAUUGGCAUCCAGGCUGCAGAGAACAGGCUGUUGCUGGAACCUGGUUGCCCUGCUACCCUCGUGCAGUUGGCAAAUUUGUAUGCCAGUGUGGGGUACUGGGAUCGGGCAGCAACGAUGCGGAAAUUGAUGAAAGAUAGAGGGCUGAAAACGAAUCCAGGGUGCAGCUGGAUUGAAAUUAAAGAUAGCGUCUACCAAUUUAGAGUAGAAGACAAUUCGAACACCAGAGUGACCGAAAUUAUUGCUGUUUUGGACAUUUUGGUAGACCAUAUGAGAACUUUAGGCUAUGAGUCUGAAAUGCAUGAGGAGGAGGUUGACAAUGUGAUGUAUCCGAUAAGGUAAGUUAAGAAAUGGCAGACCAUCAUGUGGUUAUCUACUUCACUUGAUGUAUCCUGCCUUUAAGCAGUUUGAUUUUGGAUUGGACGAAUGCUUACUUCUUCGUUGAAGAGCUUUCAAUAAGAGAAUCCAAAUGGUACAAAAACUGAAUUCCUUGCAAGUCACCAAGAGUGUUAUAAACAGCACGGGAUAGAGUUUUUGACAGACCUCCAUCUCACGGUAACUUUUGGGAAAGAGUAAAUGAUAAGACUAUAGAAUGGGUCUGGGAGCAAGAUUACUGAGGUUUCUGCCUUUCACUGCCUGCUGAUAUGAUGCCUGGAAACAGCAUAUGUUGCUUGUGUUUUCCUUUUCUCCUCCAGUAUUAAUAUCCUUGUGGAUGUGGCAGAAUCACGGAGAAUAUAAUUUGGUGCAGAUAUUAAUGAGUACUGGACAAAGGGGUCCAUCAGUUUUGUUAAUCCUGGCAGCAAGAACAACCCACCUUUCUGGGGUAAACGGGAGGCGUGCUUCACUUAAAGACAAUUUGAAUUGUAUGAAGCUGGUGGGAUUCAACUUC